UAUACCUAUUACGCGCAGCUCAAGUUUUGUCAGAGAGGAAGCUCAAGGGAAGAAGAAGAUGGUGUCAGGGUCAGGGAUAUGCGCGAAGCGUGUGGUCGUCGACGCGCGACACCAUAUGAGUGGUCUUCUUGCGUCGUCACUUGCAAAGGAGUUGCUCAACGGCCAGAAAGUGGUGGUCGUCCGAUGCGAGGAGAUUUGUCUCUCGGGAGGUUUGGUUCGGUUAAGGAUGAAGUACAUGAGAUUCCUUAGGAAACGUAUGAACACUAAGCCUUCUCAUGGUCCUAUUCACUUUCGUGCUCCAUCAAAGAUCUUCUGGCGCACAGUUCGCAGUAUGAUUCCACACAAGACCAAGCGUGGUGCUGCUGCACUUGCUCGCUUGAAGGUUUUUGAGGGAAUCCCACCUCCCUAUGACAAGGUUAAGAGAAUGGUUAUACCUGAUGCUUUCAAGGUUUUGAGACUCCAGAGUGGUCACAAGUACUGCUUAUUGGGACGUCUAUCGUCUGAGGUUGGGUGGAACCAUUACGAUACCAUUAAAGAACUUGAGACAAAGAGAAAGGAAAGGUCACAAGCGACGUAUGAGCGCAAGAAGCAACUCAACAAGCUCAGGACCAAGGCAGAAAAGGUUGCGGAAGAGAAGCUCGGAUCACAGCUCGAUAUUUUUGCCCCGGUUAUGUAUUGAAGAAACCUGUCUAAUCACCUCAACCAAGUUCCGUGGAAGCCUAUUCUUGAUUUUGCAUCUGAAGUUUUGUUUUCUUAGUGUCAAAGAAAGAAGCCUCUCUUUUCAUUACUCGAUUGUUCUGCUACACAUAUGCUUUACUUAUGUUGGUUCUUAUUUCAAUCAAAAUAAUGUUGUUUCA